AUGAUAUAUAUGCCUACGGCCAAGCGUUUGGGGCAGAUCUUAAUUGGGCUUGGGAUAGCGACGUGUUAUGCGGAAUCGAGGUACUGGCGAUCAAAAUGCGUUGACAACUAUAGGCAGUCUAGCCACUGGCAUGGCCGCGCAGUACGGUUUAAUUGGAACGAUUUUCGAAUAUAUGAAGUAAAUGAAGAGGAACAGCAUGGUAUCCGCGUUUCGAGUUAUAUCACCCAUGAACCCUCAUCCAGUCGGAAAGUUUCAACAAUCCGCCGAGGUGCUCAACAAGUCCCUGAAUUCCAUGGAACACAACGCCCCUCCGAUGUGAUGUACGGCGCCCUCAGCAGAACUUCAUGA